AUGGUGGGGAGCAUUGAGACUUUGAAUCGUAAUUUGUACUCAAAUGGAUCUAUUCAGAACUGUAAUAGUUUGGAAGAGAAACUAGAUGAGCUCCGGAGCCGCCUUGGCAAGGGUAAUGGUGAUCCAUUAAGAAUUGUUGGUGUUGGGGCAGGCGCUUGGGGCAGUGUUUUUGCCGCUGUGUUGCAAGAUAGCUAUGGUCAGUUUCGAGACAAGGUCCAAAUAAGGAUAUGGAGAAGACCAGGAAGAGCUGUUGAUAAAGCAACAGCUGAACAUCUUUUUGAAGUGAUCAAUUCAAGGGAGGAUGUAUUGAGGAGGUUGAUCCGGCGCUGUGCGUAUUUGAAAUAUGUGGAGGCAAGGCUGGGGGAUCGAACGCUUUAUGCAGAUGAGAUUUUGAAAGAUGGAUUUUGUUUGAACAUGAUCGAUACGCCACUGUGUCCUUUGAAAGUUGUAACCAGUUUGCAGGAGGCUGUUUGGGACGCUGAUAUUGUGGUGAAUGGCUUGCCUUCUACUGAAACACAAGAGGUGUUUGAAGAGAUUAGUAACUAUUGGAAGGAAAGAAUCACAGAUCCUAUUAUCAUCUCUCUGGCGAAAGGUAUAGAGGCUGCACUAGAGCCUCUCCCGCAUAUCAUAACUCCCACGCAAAUGAUUAACCGGGCAACUGGUGUACCUAUAGAGAACAUACUUUAUCUGGGUGGCCCAAAUAUUGCCUCAGAGAUCUACAACAAGGAAUACGCUAAUGCUCGAAUAUGCGGAGCUGAGAAGUGGAGAAAACCACUUGCAAAGUUUUUAAGGCAACCCCAUUUUACCGUCUGGGACAAUAGUGAUCUUGUUACACAUGAAGUCAUGGGUGGCUUAAAGAAUGUCUAUGCCAUUGGAGCAGGGAUGGUCGCAGCCCUCACAAAGGAGAGUGCUACCAGCAAAUCUGUAUAUUUUGCACAUUGUACCUCAGAGAUGAUAUUUAUUACUCACUUGUUGGCAGAAGAGCCUGAGAAACUUGCUGGGCCUUUGCUGGCUGACACAUAUGUAACCUUGUUGAAAGGCCGUAAUGCAUGGUACGGGCAAAUGCUAGCCAAAGGGGAACUAAAUCGGGAUAUGGGUGAGAAUAUCAGUGGAAAAGGAAUGAUUCAGGGUGUCUCUGCAGUCAAAGCAUUUUAUGAACUUCUCAGUCAGUCGAGCCUAAAUGUAUUGCAUCCUGAAGAAAACAAGCCAGUUGCUCCUGUGGAGCUCUGCCCCAUCUUGAAGACGCUAUAUAAAAUAUUGAUAACAAGGGAGCAAUCAUCACAAGCUAUUCUUCAAGCUUUGAGGGAUGAAAACUUGAAUGAUCCCAGGGAACGCAUUGAGAUUGCACAGAGCCAUGUCUUCUAUAGGCCCUCACUUCUUGGGCAGCCUUUGACUAGUUUUCCAUUGCAAGAUAAAGUGGCAAUAUAA